AUGGGCAUUCCGCCCACAUUUCGCUGCUCCAUCGGCUGGGUGCGCCGUGCGUUGCGGCGCCAUGGGGCGAGGUGCCGUGCAACAGCCCGCGAGGCGGCCAGCGCGAACAUGGCCGCAGUGCGCAACGCCCGGGAGAAGCUCCCGCAACUGCUUAUGCACCUCUCGGCCAGUCCGCGCGACACGUUCAACCUGGACGAAACCACCCUCUGGUUGUUCGUGCUCCCGCGGCGGACGUACAGCAAUGGCCACAUUCCAAGGCGCAAGGUGUCGAAGGAGCGCCUGACCGUGGCGUUCCUCGUCAAUGCGGACGGGAGCCACGCGUUCCGCCCGCUGGUCAUCAGUAAGGCGAAGCGCCCGCACGACUUCCGCCCGGACUAUGAUCCCGAGGCCCUCUGCUACUGGCGUCACAACGCCAAAGGGUGGAUGACGGCACCGCUCAAUGCUGCCAUGUAUGCGGAGGGACGCCACAUCGUCGUUCUACUCGACAACGCGAGCUCGCACAUGCUCAGGAACGAGCAUGCGUGCAGCGAGAUCAUUUGCGGCAUGCGGACGACUUGCAUGAGCAACGUCCGUCUCGUCUUCCUGCCGCCGGACACCACUGCCUUCACCCAGCCCCUUGACCGGGGCAUCAUUGCCACCGCCAAGGCCCGCUACCGCCAGCACUGGUUGCGGGCCUUCACGGCUUUGUGGAGCACGGACGGCGCGACAAGCGCUGUCGCGCGGUUCCGCCCGAACCUGCGCAACGUUUUGGGGUGGCUGUCGGACGCGUCGACGAGCAUCGGUGCGCGCACCAUCCAGCGGUGCUGGUGGCGCACGGGAUGUCUGCCGCUGUCGUGGUCCAUAAAGUUGACCCACGUUCACGACGACGAGCCCACCCUGCCCGUCUAUCCCGAUAUCAAGCUCGAUGACGACAUAGACGACGUCGGCACGCUCAUUAGUGGGCUCGGGCUCGGGCAUGGCGCGAUGACCGCGACCGAGUACGUCGCCAUCGACAACGGUGAGCCGACGUACGUCGAGCACGCGGCGAAACAGACGACUCAGGAGCCGGAAGCGGGCCUGGUGGUGGAGCUUUGGGAGGCGCCGACCACCAUGCAGGCCGUAUAG